AUGGAUGAUUCAUCGAGACAAUUCGAUAAGAAAAAACAAGGUUCUCAAACUCUUGCUAUUAUCAUUAAUCGAAUUCAAACACUAGUUAAAUCAAUAAAGAGGCCAGGCAUUCAUGCUGUCUACUCUAUGAUUGCUGCCGGUUUUGAAUAUACAGGUGAUGGAGAUACAGCUCGUUGUAAAGACUGUCAACUUGAGAUAUAUAAUUGGACAUUAGAUAUGAAUCCAUUUACUAUUCAUUCGAAAUAUCAACCUGAUUGUCCAUUCGUACUCUCUAGAGUACCAACUUCAUCAUCAGAUGUACUUUCGUCUUCCAUAUCACCAACAACUAGUACUCAAAAUGCAGCUGUAUCAACUGCAGAAGAAAAUAUUUCUAAACAUCAAACAAUAGAAACAAUAGAUUUCCGAUCUAUAUCAAAUAGUUUUCUUGAAAAUGAUUCACUUCAACAAGUGCGAAAACGUACCUUUUCUCACUGGCCACAUCGUACUGUUCCAUCAAGUGCACAAAUGAUUGAAGCUGGAUUUUUUAAUUGCAAUGUUGGUGAUCGAGUAAUAUGUAUCUAUUGUAAUCUUAUUUGUCAACAAUGGACACCACAUACAGAUGACCCGUGUGAAUUACAUAAAACACUAUCAGCUAAUUGUAUAUAUGUCAAAACAAGAUUGAUUCGUCCUAUAGCUUCAUCAAUAAUUAUUGUCAACGAAAAUUCAUCGACAACAACAACAGGCAUUUCUUCAUCAAUAUCAAAUAAUCUCAGUUCAUUACGGCCUAGUGAUAUUGUAUUUAGAGCAUCAUGUAAUCCUGCUUAUUCUGAAAUACCAAAACGUUAUGCAUCAUUCGCUACUUGGCCAAAUGUAGAUUUACCAUCGGUGGAUAAUUUGGUUCGAGCAGGAUUUUUCUUUACAUGUACAGAAACCAUUGUUACUUGCUUUUAUUGUAAUGGAUCAUUACAAAAUUGGGGUUCAAAUGAUAAUCCAAUGAUUGAACAUGCUCGUUGGUUUCCAUAUUGUGGAUAUGCUAAACAAUUGUGUGGUGAAGAAUUAUAUCGUAAAAUUCAAGAAUCUAAACGAAUACAACAAGAACGUACUAGAGCUAAUGAAUUAAAAGAAAGAACAGGCUCAAAUGAUCUGGUAAAUACUAAUGUAACGGCAAAUAGUGGACAAUUAUUAAUACCAGAUCAAAGUACUUUAUCUAGACUCGUCGCCGCAAGAUUAGAUUUACCGGUGUCACAACGUUUAUUAGAUCAAAAUUUUAAAUUAUCUACUAUUAAACGAUGUUGGGAAGAUCAAUUACGAAUAAAACAUGAUGACUUUUUAUCCAACGGUGAUUUGUAUGUUGCUUGUCUAAUCCUUCAAAAACAAAUCGAACAUAUUGAUGGUAAAAAAGAAAAUAUUGUUAUACCAAGUAUAAAAAUGAAACAAAUUCGAGAACAAAAUGAGAAAGGAAUACUUGAACAAACAUCAACUGCAUCUAAUACAACUCAAUCCGUACAAAAUCGUACAGAUAUUAAUGUGACUGUAUCAUCGCAAUCAUUAACAAAUGAAUCUACAUCUUCUCAAUCUUCUAUUAUCUCUACAUCAAAAUCAACAAGCAAUAAGAAUGAACAUGAAACGCAAACAAAUAAACAAAUAACUACUAUCAAUAAUCGAAGUCAAUCAACUAGUUCAGAAUCAUCGAAUCUUUGUGUUCUAUGUCUGACAGAAGAAAAACAAUUAGCUAGUAUACCAUGUGGUCACGUAGCAACAUGUGUCGCAUGUGGUCAUUCAUUGCGAUCGUGCCCAAUAUGUCGACGAGGAAUCGAUGCAUUUAUUAGAAUUUACAUUUAA